UGGCAGCCGCGUAUCAUUCGCCUUUGGAGGGCCGUAGACGCAUCGUCGGUCGUCAGUCGAGUGCGUGUUAUCGACGCAACUUGUUGUCUCGCGAAUAAAUCAAGCUGCUGCUCGUUAAAAUAAAUCAUCAUGUCAAUGCCGAACAGCGAUCACGAGAAGAGGAAGCAGAUUUCGGUGCGCGGGAUCGUCGAUGUCGAGAACGUCGGAAAUUUUAAAAAGACCUUCAACAGGCACCUUCACUACACUCUGGUGAAGGAUCGUAACAUCGCCACGACCCGCGAUUACUACUUCGCUUUAGCCCAUAGUGUCAAGGACAAUCUCGUUUCGCGAUGGAUUCGCACCCAGCAACAUUAUUACGAGAAAGAUCCCAAGAGGGUGUAUUAUUUGUCCUUGGAAUAUUAUAUGGGAAGAUCGCUGCAAAAUACAAUGAUUAAUUUAGGUAUACAAGGAGCAUGCGAUGAGGCAAUGUAUCAGAUGGGUUUGGAUAUAGAGGAAUUAGAAGAGCUCGAGGAAGAUGCUGGCCUCGGUAACGGAGGAUUAGGUCGUCUAGCUGCUUGCUUUUUGGACAGCAUGGCCACAUUAGGUUUAGCCGCUUACGGUUAUGGAAUACGUUACGAAUAUGGCAUAUUUGCGCAGAAAAUCAAAAAUGGCGAGCAGGUAGAGGAGCCGGACGAUUGGCUCCGAUAUGGCAACCCGUGGGAGAAAGCUCGGCCAGAAUUUAUGUUACCGGUGAAUUUUUACGGCCACGUGAUUGACGAUGCCGAGGGUAAAAAGUGGGUGAAUACACAGGUCGUUUUUGCUAUGCCUUAUGACAACCCAAUUCCCGGUUACAAAAAUAAUGUUGUUAAUUCACUGAGACUAUGGUCCGCAAAAUCACCUGUAGAAUUUAAUUUAAAAUUCUUUAACGAUGGUGACUACAUACAAGCUGUGAUCGAUCGUAAUCUGGCGGAGAAUAUAACCAGAGUCCUUUAUCCCAACGACAAUUUCUUCGAGGGCAAAGAGCUCAGAUUAAAGCAAGAAUACUUUAUGGUAGCUGCCACUCUGCAAGAUAUUAUUCGAAGAUAUAAAUCUAGCAAAUUCGGUUCGAGAGAGCAUCACAGAACCGAUUUCGAUUGCUUCCCUGAUAAAGUGGCGAUUCAACUCAACGAUACGCAUCCCUCCCUAGCUAUUCCCGAGUUGAUGAGGAUUCUUGUUGAUGUCGAGAAGCUUACUUGGGAUAAGGCUUGGGACAUUACAACACGUACAUGCGCUUACACAAAUCAUACGGUCCUUCCCGAAGCAUUGGAGCGAUGGCCCACUAGCUUGUUGGAAAGUAUACUCCCAAGACACUUGCAAAUCAUUUAUCAGAUAAAUCACUUGCAUCUUCAAAACGUCGCGGUUAAGUGGCCCGGCAACAUGGAUCGCAUUCGUCAGAUGUCUUUAAUAGAAGAGGACGGCGAGAAAAGAGUCAAUAUGGCUCAUCUGUCAAUCGUCGGUAGUCACGCUAUAAAUGGAGUUGCCCGUAUUCAUUCAGAAAUUCUCAAAGAUAGUGUCUUCCGAGGUUUUUACGAAUUCUCACCGGAGAAGUUUCAAAACAAGACAAACGGCAUUACACCGAGGAGAUGGUUAUUACUUUGCAAUCCAAAUCUAUCUGAUAUCAUUGAAGAAAAAAUUGGUAGCGAGUGGACAGUUCAUUUAGAACAGUUGACGCAAUUGAAGAAAUGGGCGAAAGAUCCAGUAUUUCAACGUAACAUCGUUAAAGUCAAGCAGGAGAACAAACUACGAUUAGCCCAGAUAUUAGAGAAAGAUUAUGGCGUUCGGGUUAAUCCAGCAUCUAUCUUUGAUAUCCAGGUAAAACGCAUACAUGAGUAUAAGCGACAACUGUUGAAUUGUUUGCACGUCAUCACUUUGUACAAUCGAAUAAAAAGGAAUCCAUCCGCGCCUUUUGUCCCAAGAACCGUAAUGAUAGGAGGCAAAGCUGCGCCAGGUUAUCAUUUGGCAAAGAAGAUCAUUCAGCUUAUCUGUAGCGUCGGCAAUGUUGUCAAUAACGAUCCAAUCGUCGGGGACAAGCUUAAAUUGAUCUUUCUUGAGAAUUACCGCGUAACCUUGGCCGAAAAAAUCAUACCAGCCGCAGAUUUGAGCGAACAGAUUUCGACCGCUGGCACCGAAGCGUCUGGCACUGGGAACAUGAAGUUUAUGUUGAACGGUGCGUUGACCAUCGGCACCUUGGACGGGGCAAACGUAGAAAUGGCAGAGGAAAUGGGCUCGGAAAAUAUCUUUAUUUUCGGUAUGACGGUAGACGAAGUGGAAGCUUUAAAACGUAAAGGCUACAAUGCUUACGAUUAUUAUAACAAGCUGCCCGAAGCGAAGCAGUGUAUCGAUCAAAUCCAAGGAGGAUUCUUCAGUCCGAAUAAUCCCGAUGAAUAUCGAGAUAUUGCUGAUGUGUUACUCAAAUGGGACAGGUUCUUAUCUUUAGCCGAUUACGAGAGCUAUAUACAAAUGCAAGAUCACGUCAGCAAAGUCUAUCAGGACGAAAGCAAAUGGGUGGAGAUGACUAUCUAUAACAUUGCAUCGUCUGGGAAAUUCUCGUCGGAUCGUACAAUUGCGGAGUACGCCCGCGAGAUUUGGGGCGUCGAGCCGAACUGGCAGAAACUUCCGGACCCGCAUGAGCCCCGUGAUAUUUAAAUGCGUCGCCAUGACUAAAAUAAAAUAGUUCUUCUUUUUCA